AUUGAUAACAGAGACUAACAGAAGCCAGGCAGGUGAGCAGAGGAGAGAAAAAGAGUUGGAAGAUGCAGCAGGAGGGAGCAGGCUGCCUGCAAAACACGCACGUGAAACUCCUCGCCUUCGAUCUCCUCUCUCUCACCCAAUCUCCCUCCUUCUCCCGCAGAGGAAUCCCUCUCUCACGCGUCGAAACCCUCGGCUCCGUUACCCUCCGCGACCUCAAGCCCGGCCUCUUUCUCUGCUUCGCUAUCGACGACGGCACCGGCUGCGUCCCCUGCCUGCUCUGGCUCAACAACCGCCACUCCCCCUCCGUCACCCGCCGCCACCGCCACGACCUCGCCGAGCACUUCGCCGCCCUCCUCACGCUCGGCUUCGUGGGUCGAGUCAGAGGCAGGCUCGGCUGCUACAAGGGCGCCGUGCAGGUCACCGUCUCCGACGUCAUGCUCGAGAGAGACCCCAACGCCGAGAUCCUGCACCGCCUCGAUUGCAUCUUCUUGGCUCGCAACUGUUACAAUCUUUUGCCUUCGCCGUCUUCUUCUUCUGCGCCGCCACCACCACCACCGCACAUGUAGAAUCUGAAUCGAUCAUCCUCUUUCUUUUUUGUUUGAUUACAUAAGGUUGCGCCCCUGGAUGAUUACUUUUUGUUCAGUGUGGAACAUUGUUUGUCCAAUCCAAAUAUCAUGCUCUAUUGUACACGUUUUUAGUUGCUCAUUUGUCACAAAUUUCACCCGAGUAAAUGUACCAGAUAAUAUAAAGAAGGUUAAAAUUAUUUUUCAA